UCCGACGCGGGCUCGGGCGGAAAGGCCAUCUGCGGAGCCUCGGGCUCUGUUGUCCUCGCCUGUCAGCCGUUCUGAGGCCCGAGGUGAUGGUUCGCCAACUGACCGGGUCAGGUGGUUGCUUAUCUGUUUAACGGGCGUGUUGUGCGACCAGGAGUCGGGCCCGAGAAACCACACCGCCGUUGCUGGGUGGGGCGGAGCUGGUUUUCAUCGGCUGGGCACCGAGGUUCUGACAGCAGCGACAGUGCCCGGUGUUUACCUGGACGGGUAUGGCACCGGAGCACGCACCUGUCUUCGGCUGCUUUAAUUUAACGACCCAUUCUGCUGGUGCCUCUUUCAGUAGGGGUUUGAUGACUCCCAGUGUCUCCAGGCUGUUGUUCUCGUCUUAGCACCAUGCCUCAGAAGUUACUCAAAAAUGCCCACUUCAUUGAAUUAGGAAAUUACCACUAUUGGCCUGUGCUUGUGCCACGAGGUAUCCGUCUGUAUACCUAUGAACAAAUUCCAUCUUUUCUUAAGGAUAAUCCUUAUAUUACAGAUGGAUACAGAGCUUACCUACCUUCAAAAUUGUGCUUAAAGAGUCUAUUCGUCCUUUCUAAUGAGACGGUGAAUAUCUGGAGUCACCUUCUUGGAUUUUUCCUGUUCUUUGGUCUUGGUAUUUAUGAUAUGACCAUUGUACUUCCUGAAGCAAAUGCCUCCAGGGAUGAUUAUGUUAUAUAUUCUAUCUGUCUCUUCUGCUUUCAGGUUUGCAUGCUUUGUUCAGUGGGAUAUCACCUAUUUUGCUGUCAUCGCUCUGAGAAAGCAAAUCGUCGCUGGAUGGCCCUUGAUUAUGCUGGCAUUGCCAUAGGGAUUUUGGGCUGUUACGUUCCUGCAGUGUUCUAUGCCUUUUACUGUAAUGAGUUUUGGCGACAAGUGUACUUAAUAAUGGUGCUGGCUAUGAUAUUGGCAGUAUUUUUUGCACAAAUACAUCCAUAUUACAUCACUCAGCAGUGGUACAGCUUGCGUGCAGUCAUUUUCUGCUGUGUUUCUGCAUAUGGGCUGAUCCCAGCAAUUCAUUGGAUUUGGCAGAAUGGAGGGAUGAGUGCACCCAUAGUUCAGGCACUUGUUCCACGCAUAUUUGUGAUGUAUUUCAUCGGUGCAGUAGCUUUUUUUCUCUAUAUCACAAAAAUCCCGGAAAGAUACUUCCCAGGACAGGUGAACUACCUGGGUUCCAGUCAUCAGUGUUGGCAUGUCCUUGUUGUCCUGAUGUUUUAUUGGUGGCACCAAACUGGAGUGUAUAUUACACAAUAUAGACACAACCAACCCUGUUCUGAAUUAAUCAAUACAUAACAGUAGCGUUUUGAGAGAAAUUUCCUUAAGUGCCUAUUGAGUUUGUAAUAGUACACUGAGCAGGGGAAGUCAGCAAUUUUUAAUUGUUGAUUUGAUAAGUGUUCACUACUUGUAUAGAUAUUUAAACAUAUUGAUAUUUGGCUUUUGACUUGAGCAGUAAAACAUGAACUGUUUUUGCAGUAGCCUUUUAAGGUGUACCCACAUGGAGAAUUUAGAUAGAAUAAUUCUUGAAAUGUCAAUAAUUGGAAAAUCAGUGGACACAUUAAUGGCUAAGACAUAAUUUUUUUAAGAACUGGCAAGUUGCUGGUCACAGCCAUGUGGAUCUCAGAUUAUUUAGAUGUUGUUUUAAACCUGUAAUGCACUGUAUUUUAUUAACCCUUGCUUGGGAGUCCAAGGAUUCUAAGAGGUUCAGUAAUUAUCUUGUACAUUUGGUUAACAAGCAGCCAAAACUGAACUUCAUUAACGUUUUAGUAUUCAUGCAGAUUUGAAGCCAGCAAUAAGUGAACUGUUUUUGAACUAGUUAGUUGAGUUUGUGAGAAGACAGACAUAUUCCUAUUUCCACAUGUGGAAAAUGAGAAAGGGCAAACUUUUUUAAAUUAAAGCAUGCAUAAUACUUGGAGGAUAUAGUACUGUCCUAAGGAAUAGAAAUGGGAAGAGAAUGGGCAGUUAUUUAAAAUUAACUAGUCUACAGUGCUAGGAGAAACAAUUAAAACCUUAAGUUACAGCAUUUUCAAAGAAUACUAUUAUGGCUGGCACUGGCUUGAAGUGACUCAACUGUACCACAAUUACUUCAGUGUUUUUAAGUGAAAAUCUAAAUGGGACUGCACUACAGCUGUAAAGCAUGUCCAAUACUUUGUGCAGUAUAAUUCAUGUGAGGUCAAGAAGAAACGUGGUUACAACCCACCUUUCUACUGUUGUAGAGUGAAGGGGUCAAGUAGAGAUCGUUGUAAACUAAGGCCGGCAGAUUAUUAGAGCAGACCAGGGAUAUAGCUGUCUGUCAAAGUUACCAAAAUACAAAUUUAGAUAACCAUGCAGUUAAAGCAUUACUACUGAACACUGUUAAUUUGUACAUUUUGUUUUUUAUGAAAAGUAGUCAGAGCAUCAGAUUGAAUUAUAAAAUUCAGAGGGUUAAGUGCAAUUUUAAAAAAAAAACAUACUUGCAUUGAAAAAAAAUUUGCCAAAACAGCUACCGCUCUUCAAGAUCAGUUUUAAAAAAUUACCAUCUGUCUUGUUUUCACUCUUACAUUUUUACUACUUGCCCUUAAAGGGACAAGCUGGUCUUGUGGUUUUUAGAUUUAUGGAUUGUAUUCAUGUUGGAAAAUGUAGCUUUUUUUGUUGCAGAAAAAGUGUUUUGGGUUCAUGUUAAUAUUUGAACUCUGCUUUUCCUGUAAUUCAGUGCUGGUCUUGUCAAAUAAAAUCUUUUUUCAACAAAGCUGAAUUAUUGAUUUGCAUCAGUUCUUUCAAAAUCCACAAAUUACAAAGUAUCUAUAAAGUCCAAGGUGUCAUUUGGGGCUAGGCAGCAAUGUUCUUUCUAAUU